GGACCACUCACUGCCCCGCCCCCCCCGAGUCUGGUACGCUAUGGGAGCCCUUUCGGGAAACGACUUCUCUGAUUCCCCGCCCCUUCAGCCUUUUGAGGAAUCGGAUUGGUCGAUUCCUCUCCGAGGCGGCGCCAGAGAGCUCUCUGAUUGGCCGAGCUGUGGGAGCGGGCGCUACGAUUGGCUGCGGGCCCUGAGGGGGUUUUUCAGCUCAGUCCAGAGUGUCUCUGUGAGGGAAAGGAUGGCGGUCGGCCGGAGGGCGCUGUCGGCGGUGCUUCUGCUUCUGGCUUCGGCGUGUGGAGCCCGGGCGCUGGAGAACGGCUUGGCCCGGACGCCGCCCAUGGGCUGGCUCCACUGGGAGCGCUUCCUCUGCCAGACGGACUGCCGGCAGGAGCCCCGGCGCUGCGUCAGUGAGCAGCUGUUUAUGCAGAUGGCAGAUCUGAUGGUAUUGGAUGGGUGGAAAGAUGUUGGAUACCAGUACCUGUGUAUUGAUGACUGCUGGAUGGCUCCCACCCGCGAUGAGCAGGGCAAGCUGCAGCCGGACCCAAAACGCUUUCCCAGUGGGAUUGGCAAACUGGCAGACUAUGUCCAUUCUAAAGGAUUGAAGCUGGGCAUCUAUGCAGAUGUUGGGAACAAAACAUGUGCUGGUUUUCCUGGCAGUUAUGGUUACUACGAAUUGGAUGCAGACACCUUUGCCAACUGGGGUGUGGAUCUGCUGAAGUUUGAUGGCUGUAACUUUGGCACCCUGGAACUCCUAGCAGAAGGUUAUAAAACCAUGUCUCUGGCUUUGAAUAAAACCGGGAGAAGCAUAGUCUACUCGUGUGAGUGGCCGCUCUACGAGAGAUUUCAGCAGAAGCCCAACUACACAGAGAUCAAAGAGUACUGUAAUUACUGGAGGAAUUAUGCUGACAUCUAUGAUGCUUGGAGCAGUAUCAAAAAUGUUUUGGAUUGGACUUCUUCUCAGCAGGACAGCAUUGUGGAUGUAGCCGGGCCAGGCGGCUGGAACGACCCAGAUAUGCUGGUGAUUGGAAACUUUGGGCUGAGCUGGGAUCAGCAAGUAACCCAGAUGGCACUCUGGGCUAUCAUGGCAGCUCCUCUCCUCAUGUCCAAUGAUUUGCGUCAGAUUAGCCCACAGGCCAAGGCCCUGCUCCAAAACAAGGAUGUGAUCGCCAUCAACCAAGAUUCACUGGGCAAGCAAGGAUAUCGAAUUACUAAGGAUAACUACUUUGAAUUGUGGGAGCGGCCUCUCUCAGGCGGAGCCUUUGCCAUUGCUGUGGUAAAUCGGCAGGAGAUUGGUGGGCCACAAGCUUUUGCCUUCUCUACCGCCAUCCUUGGAAAUGGCUUGGCUUGUAACCCCACAUGCUCCAUCCAACAGAUUCUUCCCCAGAGCAGAGAUUUAGGCCUACACAACUGGAUUUCAUUCUUGAAAGUGGUGGUGAACCCAACUGGCACUGUGCUUCUGAAAACAUCAGUGAAUGAAGAGAUGUUUGUUGUUGGCCAUGGAAACAGCCAUUCCCCAGAUGUUUUAUAAAAUGACAGGUUCUUUCCCUCAUUCUUUCUUUCGAGAGAAGCUUUAUAGACCAGGGUAAUCUCCCUAAAAUCUGGGAAAGCUUGGUACACUAUCUCCUUACCUCCCACUUGUAACAGAUUGCACCAGUUGGUUCAAAAUCGCAAAGGAAAAAAAAAGCACAGCUUAUCUUUCUGGUGUGGACUUCUUGCAACAAACCAUCUGGACAAAAGGCACUGAUUUGCCUACAAGCCAGGAAGAAGAGAUGGAGAAGAUUAGUGAUCUUGAAUAAGUCAACCUAACCUCCCAGAUUUGUCUGUUGCUACCUCAUUGGGGGACUGAAGGAAAUGAAUGCAGAUAUAUGUACGAAAAGAGCAGAUUUCUCCAAAGAUCCCUGGGCAAUAAUAUAUUCUUCCACUGGUUUAUCUACCAGUUAGGUACAGAUGGGAGUGGGAAAAUUUUAUUAAAAUACAUUGCACGCCUGUAAGGCAGCUUGUUAAACCCAAAAAGCCUCUUGAACAAUAGUGCCCAGUACAAUCUAAAAAGACUGCCAGUGAUGCCAAGGCUUUUUGUGAUCUUGGGUCCUCUCGACAACUAGAUGGGGAAGAACAAGCUAAUGGUUAGAGCUAAAUUAUUAUUAAUUUCCCAGCCACCUAAGACAAGAUCAUAGCUUGCCUGUCAAUGUGCCUGGUUGCUUGGGACCAAACUAGGUGAGAUGUCAUUAGGACAAUCAGCAAUCUUUUCUAAGUACUGUAUACAUGUAUAAAAGUCUAGAAAUUUAAGUCAAAAAAUUGACCCCCCCCCC